AAUUCUCCGUCUUUACCCGUUUCCAAGCUCGGUUUUUUUCCUCUGCUGAAAAUCCGAGGCGAGUUUGUUUCAAGUUGGAAACUGUUUCCAUAAAUCUCAAGCGAACACUUCGAAGCAGCUACAUUGAUGGACUCUUUUGUUGAAAGAAAUGUUGUCGAAGGAGAAGGAUCAGAAUCAUCAGAUGAUAGUUAUUUCCAAGUAAAACCUCCAACAUCCGAUCCCCUGAAUCUUCCCUAUCCAAGUUAUAUGGGAUCAAAGUUACCCAACCUUCAAGGGAUUGUAGUUGCCGGAGAGGCUUCGGAAUCAGAUGAAGAAAUUAAUACCAGCGAACUGAACCAUUCCAUGCCAACAUUAAGAAUAGAUAAAGCCAUUCCCAGCAGUGAUAAUGCAAGUCCAGGCAAUACAUUUUCUGUUUUCAAUCAACAAGAUCAAAUUCUCCAACCAAAAUAUAACUCCUUAUUACAUACCAAAUUGAGGGAUCGAAAUAUUGCUUUUAGUCGUCAUUUAAGAGAAGCACUGAAGCAUAUUUAUGUAUCAUCAACUAAAAAUCUUAUCACAAACUCUCAGAAUCUAUUCAAAACACAGGCAGCUAUUCAGGAUGUGUCACACAAUAUGCGUCUCCUGACCAAUGACUUGUUCCGUAUCCAAGAUAAAAUUGACAUUAUUACAUCCUGUAAUAUACUUCCAGAGAUUAAGCUUCCUAACUAAACAAAUUCAAGUCCUGAAGCAAUUGAAAUGACUAUUAAAAAUUGACAAUAAAACAAUAAUGGUUAAGUGAUUGUAAAAGUCCAAUAAACUCAUUCUAGAAAAAAAAAA